CGAUAAUGUCAGGCGACAUUCUGGUGUACCUUCUGUCGCGCAAUCCCCCCACAUUCGCAGUAUCCAGCCUGGAACGCGAAACAACAACAAUUCUGGUUGGAUGUUCGAGGUCUAAGGGUGAGGAUGUAGAAUACUUGCAGCGCUUUGCAAAUAUUUUGAACGGGUUAAAAAAAGGCGCAAUGUUCGAAGCCUUACAUGCAAAACUCCAAUUUAAAUGGGAAAAGGUGUACGACACGACCAAUCCAUUUGGAGAUUUCCGUCAAGUCAUGUAUCAGACUGCGUGGACCUUCGACAUCGAACAUGAUGUGCUGCUCUGUGCUAAUCGGAGCGGGGUUAGAAGGACACCGCUCCGAGUUCUUCGACAGCGCACCGCAACUCUAGACGACCUUAAACCGUUAAGCCCGCCUUCUUCUCCAAUGCCUACACUACGAGCUCUUCCUACAACGUUCUGGAAGCCGGAAGUCCAGGUCUCUGAGAAAACUCGGACAUUUACUCAUCGUUUACUCCGAGAUUUUAGCCACCAGUGGAGGCACAUUCUUCGGCGGAGCUGGAACGACACGACUUCACGCGUGCUGGCACGUGGGGUUAUCCGACUCUCAAGCCUUGAUUUCGAAGUCCGUGAGGUGACUAAGGAGCGUGGUGGUGGUCUGCGAGGUCACUUCGUGUGGGUCACCAUGCUUCCAGAAUGGGAACCGUUCACGACUAAUAUUGCGCUUGUCGGUGGCGUCCAUCUCGUAGUCUGCCAAACCGUUCAAGAAGGGCUAUCAACGGCGCAGAAUCACGCGGCGUCCCAAGCUCUUAAGACUGGUAAGAUGGCGAAAUCUAGACCUGCCAAACCAGAUUAUAUCGUCUUAUCAAUGAAAUACAUCAUGCUCUGUCGGCUUGGUGGCUCAGCGGGACUUGAGCAUACGCGACCAGAGCCGCUGUUCAAUGGUACUACCUCUCCCCCAGAUCUGGCAUUAGAUUAUCUCGUCUGGGCAACUACAAAUCCCUCGGUAACUCGACUGCAUUUGAUACCUACUGAGGUCCAGGAUGUUAUACUAAGCCAUCUAUCUGUAGGGCCUGUUGAGCCGGCUCGAGUUGGUUGUUUGCUUGGCAUAGGAUCGGAAUUCACGUGGAGAGAUGGCCAGGCCAGCAUUGCUUUGGAAGAAACGCACACUGCCCGUACACCGUGGACUCCUAUUGACUCCCAAAUCUGGUUUGGUCCUCAUAUGAGCGGCAUAGUGUACAGGGGGCAAGUAUCGUUGGCGCCCACUAUUGGAGUAAAUCUCCUGCAUUCUCACUAGGCUAUCCGCAGCGAAAUUACAUACAUUCGAU